AUAAAAGGAGGUUUCCUUGAGCUGCCUGUAUUAGUCUGCUCGAUCGAAAGAGAGAGCUAUAGCUAGCUGAAAAUAUCAACGACCGCGGAGGAGGAAGAGAAGCUUUCUCUUUCUUAAGAAGAGUAAGAAUGGCUUCCGAUCCCAAAAUUCAUGUCUUCGAAGAGGUAGCCACCCACAACAAAACCAAAGACUGCUGGCUCAUCAUCUCUGGAAAGGUCUACGAUGUUACCAAAUUCAUGGAAGAUCAUCCCGGAGGAGAUGAAGUUUUGCUCUCAGCAACCGGUAAAGAUGCCACAAAUGAUUUCGAAGAUGUAGGCCACAGCGAUUCCGCUAGGGAUUUGAUGAAAGACUACUACAUCGGCGAGAUCGACUCUUCAACCAUUCCUCUCAAACGAAGCUACAUUCCUCCUCAACAGCCACCUUACAAUCCUCCUCACAACUCUUCCAAUUUUCUCAUCAAGAUCUUGCAGUUCUUGGUACCCCUUCUCAUUUUGGGAUUCGCCCUACUUGUUCGACACUACACUAAAGACCAGUAAGUAAGUAAGUAAGUAAGUAAGGGAUACUACUACUACUAAGUUCAUGUUUCAUGUUGAUGCCGACAUUCUAUGUUUAAUGUUUUGAUUCCAACUAGUGUGUUUGGGGAAUAAUUCUAGUUUGUCUUUUGGUGGACUCCAUAGUGACCUCUUUAAUUUGCCUCC